AUGUCCGACAUGGGCAUUCUCCAAGAAGCCAUAACAAGCAAGACUUCAACCAUGCUGAGCGCUAUUGCUACCUUCUGUGCGGCCUUUAUCGUUGCAUUUGUUAUGUACUGGAAGAUGGCUCUGAUACUCAGUCCAUUCUUCGUGGCCAUGCUCCUAAUAUUCUCUGUUGGUGGCUCCUAUGCUGUCAAGCAUCAAAAGCAAUCACGAGAUCUCUACAGUCACGCAGCUGGCAUUCCCGAAGAAGCAUUCGGUGCUAUUAGACAAGUAGCGGCCUUUGGAAUGCAGAAUUUCGUGCAAAAGCGCUAUUCUUUGGGCUUGGGUCAAGCCGCAAAGACGGAGAGGAAAGCACACAAUAUUGUGGCGGGGCUUAUCGCAUCGAUGAAUGCGAUGCCAACUCUGAUCUAUGCGCUUUCUUUCUGGGCUGGCUCCAUCUUCCUAGUGAGAGGCGAGAUUUCUGUCUCUGAUAUCACCACAAUAACACUAGCGGUAACGAUUGGCAUAUUUGCCAUCAUCAGGAUCGCACCCUCCCUCCAGGCACUAACCUCGGGGUUUGCAAUUACGGGCUCGUUACUAGAGACCAUUGCUAGAAGAUCACCUCAAGAUCCUUUGGUUGCAGAUGGUCAGAAGAUAACCAGUUUAGUGGGCGACAUACAUUUCGAUUGUGUGAAUCUUUUCUACCCAUCGAGAGACCAUGUCAAAGUUCUGGAUAAUGUCACUUUUAGCAUCCCCGCAAACAAGAAAACAGCCAUAGUUGGUCCUUCUGGUGGAGGCAAAAGUAGCAUCUUUGGCCUCCUGGAACGGUUCUAUGAGCCUACACAUGGGAAUAUUACUGUCGACGGGCAAGAUAUCAGCACCCUCAACCUGCGCUGGUUGCGGCAACAGAUAGGCUUAGUGGAUCAGGAUCCAAUUCUUCUCGACGCGUCUAUACUCCACAACAUCUACUAUGGAUGUGAAUGUGCGAAUAAUGAAGAGUCCGACAGCGUGCGGUUUAAAAGGGUUGUUGACGCUGCCCAGAGGGCUAACGCCCAUGAUUUUAUCAUGGCAUUACCCGAGGCCUAUCAGACUAGAGUGGGCGAAAAGGGGCUUCAACUUUCGGGUGGUGAACGGCAAAGGAUUGCUAUUGCUCGCGCUAUUAUUCAUGAUCCCAGAAUCCUUCUGUUGGAUGAAGCCACGUCUGCCUUAGACACAUCAUCAGAGAGAGCGGUCCAAACAGCCAUAGACACCGCGACCGAGAAGCGCACAACUGUUAUUAUUGCUCACAGGUUGUCCACCAUCAUAAAUUCUGAUUUAAUUAUUGUACUAGCCCAUGGUCGGGUUUUGGACCAAGGGACUCACAAUGAGCUCAUGGCUCGAAAUGGUAUCUACGCCGAGCUGAUUGAGAAGCAACAAAUCAAGAAACACACCCACAAUCCGUCAACCUCAUUGCACUCUGACAAUGAUGAGGGUGAUUUUAUGCGAGUUAAUACGUCGUGCUACGGCGAUAAGUCCAAGGAUGAAAAGGCCGGAGCAUCUUCCACUGUUCAGCAGAAAGACAGGCCCGAGGAAGAAACAUUCCAUAACCCAGGGACAAAGGGUGCAUUGUCAUUCAUUUUUUUCAUGAGUAUCCCUGACUGGAAGCCUUUACUUUUUGGUCUUGCAUUUGCUAUACUUGCCGGAUUGGAAAUCCCAGCGCAAUCCAUAUUUUUCGCAAAGAUACUCACCAUCAUCGGGCUACCACAGACCAAAUAUACUGAAUUGAGACAAGGAGUAAACCUGUGGACCGGUCUCUAUGUCGCCCUUGCUGGGACGGGAUUCAUACUUUGGCUAGGUCUUGGGGUGAGUCUGUCGUACGCAACGCAGAGACUAUGCCGGCGGGUUCGUGAAGCCUGUUGCCGUCGGAUCACAGACCAAGACAUGGCUUUCUUCGAUGAAGCUAAAAACUCCCGAGGUGCGCUGUCAAGCAUACUUUCAAAAAGCACCGAUGAUCUUGCUGGGAUGGGAGGCCCAGUCCUUGGGGGAAUCCUUACAUUCAUUUCCACCAUUGUGGGAGGCAUAGCAGUCUCAUUAGCUAUAGGCUGGAAACUGGCCCUUGUUUGCACAGCAACGAUACCUGUUGUUGCAAAGCGGGGUGGAUUCGGCCCAUAUGCAGGACAAGUAGUUCGCUGUAUGCAAACUGUGGCUUCAUUUGGACUUGAAGACCAAGUUCUCUCACUUUAUGAUGGAUUCCUAGGUACACAGGCAGCGAAUUCUCUCAACUCCAUCCUCAUUACCUCGGCGCUCUACGCUGCAUCACAAUCUGUUGUAUAUCUUUGCGCCGCCCUUGCCUUCUGGUACGGCGGUACCCUGAUAUCAGAUGGUGAAUACUCUGAAUUCCAGGUCUAUGUGUGUUUUGUUAGUCUCAUAUCUGGCUCCCAAAUCGCUGGAUCGAUCUUCACUUUUGCGCCUGAUGCCGGAAAAGCCAUACAUGCUGCCAAAGAGCUUCAAAAUAUCAUGGAGCUCCGCAACCCCGAGGACGAAAUUCGGUUACCACUAGCAGAUUCUAGGCCCUCGGAGCUGAAGCGAACAGAACAUGAGCUUCUUGAAGGUAGUGACGCUUUUCAAGUGACGUUUACGGACGUGUCAUUCGCCUAUCCCCUGAGGCCAAAUAAGAAUGCCCUGCACAAUUUCACAAUCACCAUUGAUCCUGGACAGACGCUGGCAUUGGUUGGUCAGAGUGGAAGCGGGAAGAGUACAUGCCUUGCCCUGCUCUCACGGUUCUACAGAUUUCACCAUGGCCAGAUUCUGGUUGAUGGCCAUGAUAUACGUAAUCUGGAUUUGAAUGCUUAUCGAUCAACACUUUCUCUUAUAACCCAAGAGCCAACCAUUUUCUCUGGCACGAUGAGAGAAAAUAUCGCUGUCGGUUUAGUAAGACAAGAAGUCAGCGACGAUGAUAUUCUGACUGCAUGCACACAAGCCAAUAUACUUGAUUUCGUUCAAUCGCUUCCUGAUGGGUUAUCGUCGACAGUGGGAACCGGGGGCAGUAUGCUCAGCGGAGGGCAGAAACAACGCAUUGCUGUCGCCCGUGCAUUUCUGCGCAAGUCUAAGCUUCUCCUACUCGAUGAAGCUACAUCGUCGCUGGAUAGCGAGUCAGAGACUGCCGUACAGAGGGCUAUUGAUGCUGUCAAAAAGGAUCGUACUACGAUUAUGGUAGCUCACCGUUUGAGCACAGUCAUGAAUGCCGACGUGAUUUGUGUGAUGCAAGAAGGGCAUAUAGCCGAGGUUGGCAGUCCUCGGCAGCUUAUAGCCAAACGCGGGCUUUUCUGGGAAAUGACUAGAAUGCAGAGUCUUGAUUGA